AUGAAUCUCAGGGGCAGAGAUACUCUAAAACCGCCAAAACGAUAUGAUGAAGAGAAUUUUACAAAACCCGCUCCGCCACCCCCAGCACGGAACGAAUCUCGUAGUUAUAAACCGGAUGUUGGGCGCCCCGUGUUCCCACCACCUUUCGUUGACUUCAACCCUAAUCUACCUCCUGCAGCAUUCCCCACUAUUGAUACCCAACAGCCACCAAAAUAUCCCGCACAGGAAGCUCCACAGAGUUCCAGGGACAGGAUAGGGUCUAUGCAGGAGCGCUCUGGGAAAGGAGAGGUAUCCAUGCUCGAUGUUGGCGAUGACUUUAGUAGCAGUGCCCCUGGAAAAUUAAAUCUUCAAGUUAGUUGCGACUGUGUGAAUUACCCGAAUGAGCUUGAGAAUAGCGAACAUGGAACAAGGAGCAGUAUGAAUCUGAGCGAUGAUGAGAAUGAUGUCGGAAUCGGUGCUUAUGAAGCGGCUGGGAUAUCAGCUGCUGCCCUCCAGGAGAUAAAAUGGAGCGAUAUAUCCCCAAUCCUUCAAACAGAAAUCUUCGAGAAUCUCCGUUCCGUCUGCGAUUACCGCCAGGCAGUCGAGGCGCUGAGACUUAGCCCUUCAGAGCAAAUCAAGAUGAUCGAACAUUCUUCUGCGCGCAAGGAACAGGUUCAGCGCGAGAACGCGAAGUUAAACGAGAUGAGAACGAAACAACUCCGGGCGUUGCUACGAAUGGACAAUAGUUAUCUGAGAACCCAAAAGGUACCAGAUCAGCUAGUAUUUAAAAACAUUUCAAAAAAAUUCCUUGAUACGACCGCACAUUCUGGCCCGGAUUACUCCAUGAGUCAAGCUAGCGAUAUCCUGAUCGCACGCAAAUAUCUGAGAAGCCUUGGUUUGGACCCUAUGUUUGCUGGUGAAUGGAGUAACAAUCUUGUGGCGAUCACCACUACUGGUAUGACAGGAGCUGACGAGGGGUUUGAAUGGUCAGGGGAAUUUCCGGUGGCUGAGGAAGCCAAUAUCUCUGAACAUGGCGAUACAGAGUGUGAAAGUAAUCCUGAUUCAGAAACAGCCACUGGCGCCAGUUCGCAUUCCGAUUGUUCCCCGCAUCCGAAACGACUACGGACUCUGGAUCAUAGUCUGAAUGCUGCCCAGCAUCUACUUUACCAUCGUCGGGAAUCAUCUCUUCCUCGAGCCGGUACGGUGCGAUCCCUUCCCUUUCGAACUCUCAGUGCCAAAGCCGAAUCUUGUCAAUGGCGACAGCCAUCUAGGCCAUUCCAAAACACCUUUCCUCAGUCAUCACCACUGCGCCGUGAGUCGGUAGUUCGACUCAAAGUUGGGUCGCAAGGCGCUGCUCGAAUACAGCAAGAUAUCUUUGGAACAUCAGGAGAUAUUAUGCGACGGUAUUCACAACCACAAAUGAACAUUCCCAACGAUAAUACAAGUGUAGCAAAUAUGUUGCCCCAAUUAUGGCCACGGCAUGCAAUAUCGGGUAAGAGGGGAGGCUGCAAAACAAUAAAGCGAUCAUUAGGGGGCACAUGGAUCUAUAGCCAAAGUAGGGAAGAUACGGAGGCUGCUUCUCGAGCUUCGCGGAUGUACAGGGAUGGGCUUGCAGCAGCCAGAGUUGAAGCUAAGGAUGCGCUCCGGGAAGAUUCAGCAUGGCAUCAAUCAAGCUCAGUCUCUCCAUCCACGAAUUUAACACCUCCCAACCUGGGUAAUCCAUGCCAGUUUGAGAAACCGAGGAUGGAACCACUAGCUAGAUGGAGAAGUAGCCCGGGCCAUAGUGGAAAUCCAAGAAUGAUUCCCAAUCCGGGGUCAAAUUUCGUCCCGCACUAUAUGUCGCUCAGCCACCACACCCUGUCGGAGGGAUAUGCACCGCAAUAUUCACCAAUAACGCCACCUUCGUUCCCAGCUCGAUGCGAGCAAGAAGAAAACAAAACACUUGCGAGGGAACUAGAAGGAUAUGCCAGAGAACCCAAUAACAACCGGGGUGGACCGCCUCUCUUAACUACGACUAGUAACCCAACGCCAAUUAAUGCUCAUAUGCCGGGGGUUGCAACAACUACGUUUUGCUCUCAGGGCACCAAUGCAGAGGGAACAUGCGCCAAAGAGGUCUCUCUACAGGCAGCACAAAGCUUAGUAUCACCUGUUCCAGAACUAGAUAUGACGGAGGUAAAGGGCGAAAGUACAGUUACAGUUAGUAGGAAGGAUAAACACAGCCCAUCGCCAACCGAAACAGCUACUACUCCUGUGCUCCUAAAGGUGGACACCGUGCUCUCCUGCCCCAGCAAAAACCUUCCAGAUCUACCAAGCGCGGGUCUUUCAGGCACAAUAAGCUUAGGGAUGAUGGAAGGAUCCCGGAAAAAGAGAAAUAGAAGGUAUGGUCAUGGGUGGACGAAGAAAAAGAAGUGUCCAGGCAAAACGGUUCAAUUACCGACAUGCGUUGAAACGACAGCAGAAGAGUGCACAAAGAAAACUAUGAAGAGCAAUACCCUUGGGGUGGACUCAGCUAAUACUAGAAGAAGAAGUGAAAGAAUCAAUAAGCGGGAAGCAUGA